CCAACCUGGUGACUGAACGAUCUCGAAGGUCCCCUCCCGCCCGGCGCUCUCAGGCCGGUGUCUCGGCGGGGCAGACAAAGCCGCCGCCCCUGCCCGAGCCCCGCUGCCGGCGGAUUUGCCGGAGCCAUUCACUCAUUCAUUCCCUCAUUGACUCGCGCCGGCCGCGCUGGCGGCAGAUGGGCUGGCUCUGACAGCCCCGCUCCUCCGGGGGGCCCGGGCUCUCCCCGCCCCGAACCAAAGUGCCACCGCGGGCUCUCGUCGCUUCGCCCUCCCCUCCCCGAGGCACAUGCUCGGCGGCAGCGGAGGGAGAAGCAGCGGAACAAAGCGGCGGGGCGGGGGGCGGCGGCGGGGGAGGCUCGGCCGGGACGCGCUGCCCCCGCCCGCCGCACCAUGCCCCGCGCCGCCGCAGGGAGAAGCUGUCUGUGGCUCGGCUGCAGCGGGAAGUUGCACAAACGUGAGAAGCUGAUACAUGAGUUGGAGGAAGAAAGACAUUUGAGACUUGAGAGCGAAAAACGAUUACGGGAGGUGACACUGGAGUCAGAGCGUAGCAGAGCUCAGAUGCGUGGGCUGCAAGAACAGUUUUCCAGAAUGGAGGAGACAGUGAGGAAUCUGCUGCAGAGCCAAGGAUCUCCAGGCCAGAAUGGAGAAGGAACUGUCAAUAUCAUGAAGGUAUAUCAGGAAAAGCUGUCAGAAGACAGUAAGAAAUGUAAAGAAGGCAUGGAAAAAAUUCACACACCAGCAGAUGAAGAUUCAAGAAGUGAAAGCAGCAGCACUGAAGAGGAAAAAGAAAAGACAAAAUUGCUGUUGGAGCGUUUGAAAGCUCUGGAGGCAGAGAAUUCAGCGCUGGCUCUGGAAAAUGAAAAUCAGAGAGAACAGUAUGAAAGAUGUCUUGAUGAGGUAGCUAAUCAGGUUGUUCAGGCUCUACUUACUCAAAAGGAUCUGAGGGAGGAAUGUAUAAAGCUGAAAACAAGAGUCUUUGAUUUGGAACAACAGAAUCGAACAUUAAGUGUCCUUUUCCAGCAGAGAGUCAAACCGGCCUCUGACCUCCUUCUUCAGAAACUCCAUUCACGCAUCUUAGACCUCUCGUCUGGGGAUUUGCUUUCAGAAGUAGAACGAAACAGAAGCCUGAUGCAAUCUCGAACUGCUGAUGCUCAGAUGCAGGAAUGCCAUCAGAAUGUGAAAUGCAGUACGCCUGUCUUGAAAUGCCAGAGUCAGUUAACUAUGACAGGUCCCAGCCGCCUGUAUCCCCGGAGCAGCUGCAGUAGCAGUGAACUCUCCCUCUCAAGUGCUUGCAGUGAAUAUUCCAGUGGUUCCUCCUACACUUGGAACGAUGGAAAGACAUGCAGCAAAAGGUCAUCUGUGAGCUGGGAUAAAAGAAUAAGCAUUGGUUCUGCACUCCCAAGCAACCUCUCAAGUCCAGCAGAUGAUCUACCUCCAACUCGUAUCAAGGAAAACCAUAUCUUAGAAGGGCUGAAGAAAUUACAGAAGCAAAAAAUAUUACUUGAAUCACCUUCACUAAUAUCAAAAUGGGGUUACAAAGAUUGCAUGAACUCUAAUGAAGGAAUAUAUUCUCCUGGAGUUAAAUGUGGCAGCCAUAAUGAACAGACUUGUUGUAAGCCAAUGGAAAUAGGAAGUAUUUGCAUUGAACAUAACAAAACUUUCUCUUAUGAUUCAGAUUCACAUGAUGAUGCAGAUGACGAGUCUUCGUGCUUACUCUUGCUGCAGGAUGUACCAAGCAAAGACUGCAGGACCUGCUGUAGCAAAUUAACGCACAGUGUUUCUGACAGUCUCUUUGACUGGGAUCAUAAUAGGAAACAUUUGCUAGAAAGAAGUUCAUACUGUAAUUCAAAGGAAAGACCUGAAAAAUUGUCUAGUUUUGUCAGUGGAUUUCAUGCAGAAGUAAACUCGUGCACCAGAGCAAAGCUGCCUGAGUUACAGUUAAAUCAAAGCCAUGCUAAUAUAGGCUGGAAGGACCUUAAUUUUCAACUUUCAGAUACUGAUGACAAUGAAGUGGUGGAUGAAUUGCAUAUAGAAAGCAGUGAUGAGAGAAGUCCGUCGGAUCUAUUAGCAACUCAUUUUACUGAGAAAUACACGAAGACCUCUGACAUGCUCAAAGUCAUGGAGAAUUCUCAGCUUAUAUCUACAAAAGACAAAGAGGAAAAAGAGAUAUCUGUUCACUCAGACAUUAGGCCAAAGACAUGUAAUUUCAUUAAACAACAAAAGGUUAUAAAAAAGACCUCUUCUGAAGAGUGCAUUACGGUAAUAUUUGAUGCUGAAGAUGGUGAACCUAUUGAAUUCAGCUCACAUCAAACUGGAGUUGUCACUGUAACAAGAAAUGAAAUUUCAAUCAACCAGCCACAAACUAGGUCCAGCGCAGAAUAUACUGAACUUAUACCUCAGGGAAUAACUCAUUUGCAGACAGGAAAUGAUGCUAGAAAUUACACUGCAUUAGAAAGACCUGAAGAUGAAACCAAGAAACAGACUGUUGAAGAUAAUACCGGAAAUAAAAGUACAGUUGUCCCUGUAACCUGCGGUGAACCUUCACACUGCAGAAGAGUGACACUGCAAAAUAUUCCACGACAAAAACUGGUGAAGCCGGUUUAUGAUGUGGCAUACAAAGCCAGUUCAAGCUCCACUGGGCACACAGGAAUCAAUCAAAAGCCAAACUUGACUAAAAUACCCAGCAGAAGUAAAUUUUCUCCACAAAAAACUGUGAUGACGGGGAGUGAGGAAACACCUGUAGCUCAAUCAGUGGGCCCUGCAAACCUUGAAAAAUCGCCUGCUCUGCCACCUGUAAAGCUUUCAAGAUUCAAAAAGGCACAAAGUCCACCUCGUAAUUUCAACUCGAAAGUUGACUUCCAGGUUCCAAAGCACCCUGACCACCUACUGCCUGGCUUGAAACGUCCAGACAGAGGUGACGGGUCAAAGUAUCCAAAGAGUCAGAGUCCAGCAUCACCACUGUUGCCUCAGCACCUUAUAGAGCCCAGAGACUAUGGAGAACCUCCAACCAGAGACUUCCAUUGUGAUUUAGCAACUGUGGAACCCCGAUCACCAUCUCCACCCCUUCCUCCGGGCAGGUCGACAUCCCUGUUGAUUCGCCCCAAUUAUGCUCAUUCACCUCCUGUAGCAAUAAAGUUGGGAGGAGCUGGUGCCAGUGAAACAGCAAAAAAUGUACUGAAAUCAUCACCAUUAAAAGGAACUGUGAACUCUGGCUUUCAUAAUCAAUCGAGUCAUGAAGUGCAAGCAAAAAAUGUAUCUUCUGGGUCCAAAAUUGAAUUAUCUUACCUUCAAGAAAAUGCAGAAGAAAUUAUGCAAAAUAAAUGCAUGUCUCAGCAACCCCACAGUGCUUGCCAAGGACUUUCCAAAGUUUCCACAAAGCAAGUCUGCCCAAAAAGCCCUAAUCAGCUGCAUCUCCAUAGGAAUCGUGAAUUUUCCAACACAGACUUGCAAACAGCCAGAUCCAUUUCUCUAGGUUGUCCAUCAUUGGAAACAAUUUCUUCACAAGACAUAUAUUCCAACAAAAAAGACAUUUCCAGUGACGGUGUAGUAGGUCAGCCAGAAAAGAUGCCAGCCAUUCUACCUGCAAAUCCUCAAGGUCAUACAAUAAGCACUAGUGAGCCUCUACUAUCUCAGGUAAACAAUUCCCCAUUGUCAACACUGUUUCAUGGAGGUGACACUACACACGUUACCCAAAACUCUCAUGAGAAAGGAAUGAAAACUCGUCUCCCUGUAGGACUGAAAUUAUUUGUCAAAUCUCCCCAACUUCUCCGAAAGAGCUCUACUGUACCAGGGAAGCAGGAAAAAGACAGUAUAAAUGCAGCUUCCAAAAGUAACGUGAGUUCGAGUAAGUACAAGCAAAAUGAAUCUACAUGUGUAACCACCAGAUGUGCAAUGAGCGCUGAGCUAAAAGACUCUAAGUCUGAUACUGAAGUAAAAAAUAAUUUUACUGUGGGACUUAGUAUGGAUACAGCAUCACCUCAUUCACAUGAAAACCGCAACUUCGUGGUAGACAGAGCAGAUGGAUUAGAAAACAAAUUAGUUAAGAGAUCAGUUUCUUCUAGCAGCAAGUCGCACUUGAAGCCAGCUCUGGGCAUGAAUGGAGCAAAAGCUCGUAGCCAGAGUUUUAGCAUUCAUACAGGGGAAAAGCCAUCUGCCCCUGUGACAGAAGGUCUUGGAAAAGUUCGGACUCAGAUUAUUACAAACACUUCCGAUAGAGGAAAUUCUUUAACAAGGCAGAACUCAGCCAUGGAGGGACUUCAAAUCAAGGCCAUUCCUGGCUCAGCAGUGACACCAGAGACUCUUUCAUGCACUCCUAAACCCACAGAAAAUUCUUGUUCUAGUCAAGCUUCUCUUGGAAAUACGAAUAGUUGCACUAGCCAGCAUGGAAGCCCAACCAAACUGCCUUUCAGAUCAUCUUCAAAAGUAGACUUGUUUCACAACACUUCAAGAUGUGAUGGAAACAAACUAUUUCCUCAGAAAGAUGCACGUAGUCUAUCUAUCCAGAGUGAGAAAAACACUGAAAGUUUUAAACACGAAGCUGUAAGUAAAAAAAGUGUUCUGCCAGCAGAAUUGGAGUUAGAAGCAUCAGCUACUGUACCUUCCAAACAAAUGUCAUCGUUUCAAAGUUUAAGUGGAAUAAAGUGUCCUCAUAAACUGGAAGCAGCAAAGUCACUAAGACAGCAAAUGUCUUUAAAGUUAGCAGAAGCCUCUGAGAAGGUUGCUGAUGUUUUGAGUUCACCAGCUCAACAACCUACAAUAGAGGAGAAAGUCAUGUUAUGCAUCCAAGAAAAUGUGCAAAAGGGUCAGGGACAAACCAAAUCUCCCACUGUGGAGACUAAACAAAAGACUGGGCCCUCUAUAGCUAGUUGGUUUGGCUUUCGAAAGAGUAAGCUCCCGGCACUGAGUAGCAGAAAAACUGAUGUUCCUAAAACAAAGGUAGAAAAAAAAGAUGCAAAAGUUUCAGGAUUUGGAAUUAAGCAGGCAAAAUUAGAGAGACGAAAAGAAAAGAAGAAAACUGAACAACACUGUGAAAUAGAAAAUGAAAUUAACAGGAAAACGGACAAUGGUAGCAUUAUAGCUGAUGUCAUGGAGAGGAGAAUUAUGAAACCUUCACAAGGCACAGCUGGUGAGAUUGAGUGUGAACAAGUCAGAGAUUCCACCACAGCUACAUGCUCACCAAAAGACAGUUUUAUGAAAGAGCUUCUAAACAGAGUUGAUAAGAAAGCAGCUCAGCAGACAGAAAGUGGAUCAAAUAAUGUUUCCUACAGGAGUGUGUCGAAGGGCAGCUCCCAGGGCUCCUCUCUUCAUGGCAACUCUGUCAGCUCUCAAGGAAACCACAAGAAAAACAGCAACACAAAAGCUGAUAUGGAAAUGCAAAAUCAGACUCUGGCUAAAGUAGUCACAGAAAACCUGCAAGAAGAAGAGGAGGACACCAUGACAAGGACUACAUGUCAGAGUCAUGUGAUAGAGUCUUGCUGCCAGAUGAGGACACUGGACAGCGGGAUUGGAACCUUCCCCCUCCCCGACUCAGGGAACCGAUCUACAGGGCGACAUGUUUCUAAGCAAGAAUCAACCUUGGAAACGGAAGUCCUUACACCAUCUGAGCAAGUUCUUCUUUCAGCUCCUUCUGUAAAAGCCAAAACUCUUGAGCGAGAAGUGCCUUCAACAGCUAAGAGCCAGGAGUCUGUGCAAAGCAUAAUUAGUCACUCAACAUCUGAUCCAGCCAUGACUGCUAAAGGUAUACGACCUUUUCAAAGUCGUCUUCCAAAACCAGCGUCCUCAGGAAUAAUUAACCUUGCAAAGCAAAGUGAACAAGUACCAAGUCCUGUGAUCUCUGGCUCAGAGCAUACUGAAGGGACUGUGGGAAAUAGAGUUCUUCCAGCGUGGACCACUAAGAAAACUGCCAAAACAAAGGACAGAGCUCUGAGAGUGUGUACUUAUUCUGGAAGCAGCAGUGACACUGAGCCAGAGUAUGAAACAAGUUAUUUUAGAACUGCAGAGAAGACUUAUGUGGAGUUAACAAAGAACAACAAACAAGCUAAGCAGGAGAAACAAAAUCAGAGAAAGUCAUUUCUGGGGAACCCGAUGUCAAUCUUGGAUUUAUACCAACACAGUCUCUAUGGCCAUUUUGGAGAAGAUGGCCCUGAACAAUUAACGCAUUACAGUUUAAUUGAGCAGCUGAGUGGAGCUUCCAGUAAAGACAGCAAAGGCAAGGAGAGCACAAGUAAAUUUAAGCAAACUGAAGAAAAAAAAGAAGAUUCUCAGAAUAGAUUAUCUAAAAUUUCCCUGGAGUCUCUCAAUAAAUUUAACAGCAAUAACGUACUUUUAUUAGAAAAAGAGAAGAACUGUCUGAACAAGGCUGAGGGACAAAAGGAAGAAAAUGGAAAGAAGGAAGAAGCUUCUUUAAAUAGCUCGGGUAGGCAUGAUGUGGACAAUUUAGAAUCCUUGAGCGAUUCUCUAUACGAUAGCUUCUCCUCUUGCACCAGCCAAGGCUCGAACGACGUAUAGAGACACUUCCUGGUGGGCUGUGGCUGCGGCACGAGAUGGAGCUGACGGCGAGCGGGGAUUGAGGGGGAAGAGGAGAGGGCUGUUGAAAAUUCUCACUCCCAAGUGGCUGUACGCGCACGGCGGGGUGUUCUGACUUAUCAUCACACAGCAAUAAGAAAGACAAGACGGCACCCAUCGUGAUGCCUGGGACUCAGCACUGAACACAAGGCAUAGUUACAUAGAAAAGAAGUCUUAAUUUUGCACUUUUGUGAGUAUUUGUACAGAUGUAAAUAUCUCGGGGAAAUCUAUUUGUAGGGAGAAAUGACAGCAAUAAAUAUUAAAUUGGUGCUAUGCUCCUGUAAUGGCAGAUUACUAACUUAAAGAAAUUAAUGUUAACAAGAAGAGUUAGUAGAUUUUUUUUAAAAAGGUUUAUAAUUGUUCUAGUCUUAAAGCUGUUUGUAGAAACACUGCGUUACCAUAAACCUUAACCUGCCAAAUUGUCUGUAAUAAACUUCCUUGGCCUCCCUUUUACAAAGCAUAUUUUAUUUUUGAUUUCUAGUGCAAUCCCAUACAGGUGUUCUAGGGAAAUGUGCGUUUCAGUUAUUGCAGCUUCACAACAGGUGUCUCAUUUCAAAAGGGUUUUUAACUUUUGACAUGGCAAGAAAACUAAUAGAUUAAAAGGCCUGAUGCUGCUGGUGUUGACUUCAUCAAUCAUGUGAAUAACUGUUGGAAAGAGCAGGGUCAAAGUAAUUCACUGCUGAUACAAGCGUAAGUCCCGUAGGAAUGAGAACCAUGCAAACUGCCCUUUACUUCUGACUGCAGCGUGGUUUCUCUACUUCCACCCCUCCGUAUAUCAAAUUUCUCCAUGUCCCCUGUUGUGUUAUUGUCUGUAGUCCCCGUUGGGUCUGAAUUCAAAUUGUAAACACUGAAAUAAUUUUUUAAAAUCGAGACUCGGCUCCUGUUUGUGACACGCUUAACGAAGAUGUUGGUGCUAACCAAACAUAUCUGGGAGCAGGGGGUCAGCGUGUAGUGGGUGGUUUUGUUUUUUUCUACAAAGGUGGUUUAUACGUAAGGGAAAGUCUAUUUCAAAGGUUUGGUGUAUUUUUUCUAGCUGUGAAGUAUUUAUAACUGCUUUUUGUACAGCAAUCUGUAAACUAGAUAUAUUUGGGAUAUUUCUAGACUCCGAAGUUUCUUUAGCACAUGCCUGUUAAUCUUUGAAAUAAUGUAUGAUCAGUGUUAAUAUUUUGUGCAAUUUGAUAUAUCUUAAGUCAUUUCCAUCGUAAAUUUGCAUCGUGUUUUUCAACUUUUAAGUAAUUUUCAUUGAAACGUCUUUCA